UCGCAGCAAAAUGUUGCAGAAAUUUCUCGUGGUAGCUGCAGUCGUCGGACUUCUCUUCGUGGAAGGAGGCCACUGCCAGUGCUACACGGACACAGUCUGCGCUGGAGAUAGAAUAGACGUAACAGAAGCAGGGUCACCAAUAGCAGAUCAAGCAGACUGCUGUGUUGGAACCAACGCAGGUCUCUCAUACAACGCUGGCUCCACCUGCAAUCUCUGUAUAGUUCAUGGGUUUGCUCAAGCUGCAUAUGAUGUGGUUGAGGAUGAACGGUUGGACACUAUGUUUCAACUCAAUGUGAAGGGAACGACACAGUUUGGUGGUGCCCUUGUUGUCGCUGGAGUCAUCACCGCCACAGCAGAUGGCACUGCAGUGGUUUCCGACUUUGAACGGCUGGAACCAAUCCGAGUCACAAACAAUGCCGAGAUCAGACUCUUUGCUGCCAAUGAUGAGAUUGCUCUGGAAUACGAUGAUAGGGUCCUACUGACGUUUGUUCCCGACAAUCCUGCUCUCAUUACUGACCUACCUGCCAAUGGAGAGUAUGUGAGGGAUUCCGCAACAGUGAACAUUAUAGACAAUGAUUUGUUGGAGAUCAAUUUUUUGGAGUCUGACUAUUCGAUUGUGGAGGGAUCCGCAGAGCUCAGUUCUCCAAUCAUGAUUCAGUUGAGACAAAAUCAGAACCCAUUCACACUCAUGUUGAGUCCAGUCAGUAUUGAUACUGCGGAGAGCAAGGGCUUGGGUUUCUUUAUUAAUUCCGAAACCAUUCCACCUGGAUCCAGAGCAACUGCAGUUGCCGAUUUCAGUAACCACACAACCACAAUUACAAUUCCAGCGAACAGUAACCCAUCAUACAAAAUAACGCAGUUUUUCACAAUCGAGGACGACAAUAUUGAUGAGGACGAGCAGAGUUUUGCAAUAGUUGGUGAGAUAGGACAGGAUGUGCCUGAUGGUAUCAGCUGCUUCCAGACUGAAGUUGGAUCAGAUGUUUGCUUUGGACGACGUGGAGCCACUGAAAUUAGAAUCACCGACAAUGAUCCUAUGAUCAUUGGGUUCACCCAACGCAUUCGAACAGUAUCAGAAGGUCAAGUGCCUGGAGUGGAUCUGUUCCAGCUGGAGAUCAAUGUAUAG